UCUUAGAAAACGAAAUUGAAAGAAAUGCGCGAAAACAAGCCUUACAAAAAAUCAGAGUCGACUUCGAUUCGUGACUCGAAAAAUGCAGAUCACAAACCUUUGUUCUCUUUAACAUCCAUUUUGACAGAAACUGUACUUGGUUUCAUUUUUUGGUCACUCUUUCAAGGGCUGGGUCCCAUGGUCUGGUUUUAUCCUCUCAAUGAGUUAGAGAUCUCAGGCUACGAAUGUGCUGUUGUUGUGUGGUUUAGCCCUCUGCUCGUGGGAAUUCCUGGAGUUUUAAGGCUGAUACAGAACAAAUGGGUUCUUGCGGUUUUAAGGCUCUUCAGCCUGGCAACGUUAGGAUCAUUUCAGGCUAAAACAACAUUGUCCAGAUUGAUCAUUUUAGCAGCGGGCAAUAUGUCUGCAAUGUUGGUCCUCACAUCUACUCUGUGGUCUUCUGAUCACAGUGUCAGGUAUAAGAGUUUCUGGGGCCUGAUCCUGGGAUUACAGGUGUUCAUAUGCAGUAGGAUUUGGUUCACAUCAUUUGUACCCACCUGGUGGAGUGUCCCAGCUAACUCAGCUGUCAUCGCUAUUGGAGCUGUUGCUACUUUUAGUAAAAUUUUAUCGGACCGUCCAGUUCCUAUCCAAAUCCCACUACCAGGUGUAACGCGUCCUAACUGGCUGGCUACAGGGCUGGGAUUUGGAAGCCUGCUUUACCUCACUCACUGGUGUUUUGGGGAGGUGUCGCUAAUCACACGCUGGGUGGUAAGAGGAUACCCUGACCCUGGACCCAGUGGCAACCCAUGGGGAGGACUUGUUUUAGUGAUGGUCACCUUAGGUAUUCUACUGUCCUGGACAGGUGUAUCUCGUUAUCUCACCUGGUGGCUCUUAGGGACAUGCAGCCUGUGUGCUCUUUAUUAUUUGCCCACCUGGCAAGGUUUUACAGGUGGUCUAAUAUUAGCAGUUGUCACUUUCUCUCUGUGGCCAGAGAUAACAGAGAAUUUGACACUGUGUCCUCCAGCCAGAACGCUGUUUGUUGCCAUGGUAAUCUACCUGGUGGAAAUAUUUUUCUUCGUUUGGACGGUGGCGUAUAACUUCGUCCCUGGAGGGGUGUACACGCGAGAACAUACAGACUACCUGAUUAUAUGUGUAUGCGUAUUCAUAUUUCUGGGUUUACUUUCAGGUAGAAACAAAGAUGAGUUCCGUUUGUUUACUGAAUGUCAAAGCGAAAUCUUCAAACAGGCAGCAAAAACUAUAGAAAGGGUUGUGAUAUUGACAGCAGUGAUUGGACUGUCUGGGUUUAUAUAUCGCCAUAACCCAGAAUUUGUUCAUCACCGUGAGAAGAGUGAACCCAAGGAGUUUGUUGCAGCUAUUUGGACCUAUCAUUUUGGUUAUGACAACAAAGGCUGGCCAAGUCUGGAGAGAUCAGCCAAGAUGCUCAAUAACACAGGUGCAGACUUUAUUACCCUGCUGGAGAGUGAUGCCUCCAAACCGUUCCUGGGGAACAAUGACCUGGGAAUGUGGCUUGGGGAAAAGCUGGGUAUGUAUGUGGACUUUGGCCCAUCUACAAAGGACCAUACCUGGGGAAAUUUGAUUAUGUCAAAAUAUCCAAUAGUGAAAUCAACACAUCAUUUAUUACCGUCACCAAAAGGAGAGCUUGCACCUGCUAUAACAGCCACUGUGAACUUUAGCGGGAGUUUGGUGGACUUCGUGGUUACUCACAUGGGCAAUGACCGAGACAAACUGGACAGGAAACUACAAGCUAAAUUUCUGUCUAAGGAGCUGAAACAAAGCCCCAGGUCAGCUGUUUUCCUGGGAUACAUGACAUCCUCACCCCACACCAGUAACUACAGGCAGCUGAUAGAAGAAGGCGGGGUCAAGGAUAUUGAUGGCGGGGACAUGGACCGGUGGUGUGAGUACAUCAUGUACAAGAAACUCAUCAGACUUGGCUACGCCCGUAUUUCACACGCAGGCUUGAGCGACACCGAGGUACAGAUGGCUAAGUUUCGUAUCCCAGAAGACCUCUCUGAUUACAAAGAUCACGAUCGAAUCAUCACCGAUCCCAAACAGGUUCCCAAACAACAGAAGUUCACCAAAAAGUUUGGGUCUUAUCACGAAGGUCAUGGGUACUUCAGGAGACACGGCUAUCACAUGAGCACCCCAAAGUAUUUCUUACCUUAGAGAUGAACUGCAAAGGUUUUUGUUUCGCUUCAUGUCAAUACAUGGUGAUGGUUGUGCCACAUAUUUCUGUACUUUUCUGUAAUUUUGUGUAUAUUCAUAUCGUUUAUAGCCUACUUUUGGCGAGAAAUAACUUCACAAAUACAUAAGGUCAAUAAUUUGCUCAAAACACUGUGGCUUGUUCUCCUUGGAUUUCCUGUUGACCUGGCUCAUUCAUCUGACAAUAAACAGCAUCAGACAAAAUUAACAUUUUUGUAAACUUGAAUAAGAGGCACCACUGAUGACAUUGCAGUGUUGUAAAAACAUAUGUAGAAUUUGAUGGACAUUUGCCAGACAAAGUUACAUUGGAUAAUUUUAAACAUUUAUAUUAGAAUUACACAGAAAACUUCCACAAUCUUAUACAAUACUGUAAUUUUUCAACCUUUUCGCAUGUUUGCAAGGUGUUCAUUCAAGCAUAUUCUGAAGGCAUUAUUAUUUGAUGAUUGAUAAAAUUGCACUUUCUUAAGAAGCUCUGAAAUAGUCCAAUCCAACCAAUUUAGUUUUGUCUCAAAAAUCGAACUGUAAAUGUGUUUAAAUUGCACUGAAAGUUGCUUGUUCAAAUAAGAAAAGGUUGAGAAACUAGGGUCACAAGUGAUGCAUAUUGAUAACAAUUUUUAUGAAAAUUAACAGCCUUGUUCACUUUUAAGGUGUCAGAUGGACGGUGUUUCUUUAAUAUUGCUUGCCAUUUGCUGUGUGAUACAAACAUGUCUGUAAUGUCCGUGCUUUUAAUAUAGUCCCAGGAACAAGGAACGUUUUAAAUACUAUAUUGAGUAUUAUAUUAAAGAAUAUUGCUUGCCAUUUGCUGUGUGAUACAAACAUGUCUGUAAUGUCCAUGCUUUUAAUAUAGUGCCAAAACAUGGAGGUUAUUUAAUACUCAUUUAUAAUGGAAAUAAUUGGCCAAAAACCCUUAAGCACAUGUAGGAGCACAUAGAAGCAUGUAAUAGCAAGCUUUUAUUACACAGCACUUGAUAGUUACAUGUGUCCGUUUGCAUUCCCAUAAAGAAACCACCAAAAAAAUGAUUUUCUAAGCUGUCACAAAGGAUUGUAUUUGUAAGAAGAAUUAAGUAUUGAUCUCUGAGACAGUCGAUGCAUUUUAUCAAAUAUUUGCCUUGAGAGUAAGGAUUAAAGGAUACAUGAAACGGUUUUAUUUCUUAAUAUGGAGUUCAGGAUGUGGUCUAACAUGUGAAAGUGUUAAAAAGCUUCUCAGCCUUCUUCUUGGGAUGUAAAAUUGCUAUAUUUAUUUAUUUAUUUAUUUGAUUGGUGUUUUACGCCGUACUCAAGAAUAUUUCACUUAUACCAAGGCGGCCAGCAUUAUGGUGGGAGGAAACCGAGCAGAGCCCGGGGGAAACCCAUGACCAUCCGCAGGUUGCUGCAGAUCUUCCCACGUACAGUUGGAGAGGAAGCCAGAAUGAGCUGGACUUGAACUCGCCGUGACCGCAUUGGUGAGAGACUCCUGGGUCCUUACGCUGCACUAGCGCACUAACUAACUGAGCCACAGAGGCCCCUAAAAUGCCUGUAAACUACAUUCCUUAGACCCCAGUGGUUAGUCUCGAAAUUAAGUAGCCUGCAAUGGUGACGUCAAGGGUAAUAGUUGUCUAAAGAACUUUGUUUGUGGGGAAGGGUGGGGGUAGAGCCUGAAUUGGGUCCCACUUUCCCAGUAUUUUAUCGAUGACUUCAUUUCUGAAUAUUCCCAGUAUGUAAAAUCCCAGUAUAAGUAUGUAUAAAAUGUAUUCUCCUUUUUUAGGCUUAUUUUUCUUCAUUUUCCUUAAAACCAUACUCUUCACUUUAUAAUACCUCUUCAUGUAUCCUUAAAACCAAUAAUUCAAAAUGGCUUUGAAGGAAUUCAAAAAUGGCUUUAUAUGGAUUCCUGCAUGACCAGUUAUGGGAAACUGAUUGGAUUCUGGUAAAAUUUUACCAAAGAUGAGCACUGUCUUUUAACUGCUAGCUUCAUCAAGUGGUUUUUAUUUUUUUUUUUUGCCUGUUUCCAUGUGAAAGCUACAAGUAUUAUUGUUACUUCAAGUAUUAUCCAGUAGGCCUAUUAAAUGUUGGGUUUAGAGAAAUCUCUCACAAACCAGUGCUUCCUACUCUUCCAACUGCAGCUUCCUUGUAGUUUGCCAGGGAAAAAAGUAUCACAUGCUUCGGGUUGUUUCAUUUCUGUACUAGACCUAAAAUUUUGUCCCUGACUGUCUUUUAUUUUGCUCGAUUUUGAGGGUUGAUCUUUAGAAAGGUGUUUAAAGGAUGAUAUCCUACUUGAAAAAUAUAAGUUUCUUCACCUUGAGGAAUAUUUUAUAACCUUUAUUUGCCCCUUCUUGCCUUUGUUGGAUCAAUGUUUAAGUCAAAUACAGAAUUGCAUUAUUACAUGCCUCUAUGUAGCCUCUGUUAUAGGUUCACACAUUCAAAUGAGCGGGGAUGUGGAUUGAGGCCUCCGUGGUCGAGUGAGGAUGGCGUAAAAAAAACAAAUCAAAUAAAUAAAGAAAUAAAUCUAUUCAGCGGAUGGUUAUUGGAAGGCAUACCCGGCAAAGGAAAGAAGGAUAAGAGACUCCAUAUGUUGGAGGUCAGAUGUAAUCUCAAACGUACCAGUAUUCAGGAACAUUUUUGUAUCUCAUAGCAAAGUCUGUAUCAUGUUUUGUUUCAGUAUCUUUGGUUACAAAUGCAUACAUGUAUAUUUAACCUCCUUUGACCUCGUCGGACAGAUGUAACCAGAACCACUGUACCGUUUGUAUUGUCAGCCAAUAUUGUUUUUCACUUUUGAGCAAAUUCGGUAUCUUGCUUGGUUCGGCUACAAAUACUUACUUUUGAGUUGUGACCUCUGAGGUCAGAGGUGUACCUACAAUUACUGUGUUUCUUA